AAGGUAACAAGAGAACUAAAGAGACUAGAAUUGACAACGAUGACUAAAGACAACUAAUAAACUAACGAUAUUACAAAUAAUAAUUAACAACAGAGACUACAGAUACACUAAAGCGAAAUUAUUGAGUAUUAAUGAAUACCGCGACCUGUUGUUUUCGUGGUUGCGUGACAUAGUUUGUUUAGAUGCGCUAAUUUAUUCUAUAAGCGCUGCUGAUUGCUCAGACUGAGUACUGGGCGAACAACUCAUUUCGCGAUACAGGAAAUGGCACACAAACUCUCAUUUAAAGAUCGACUAAUACGAUACGAAAGGCAUGAAAAUCUUGAGGUAGUUAAGGGAGAUGUGUUUGAUGCAGAUUCAAUAACUCCAAUUCUUGAGGGUAAGAAUGCUGUGGUGUCAUGUCUAGGUUUUCAAGUAGGAGCAAAAACACUCUACUCCAAGUCAAUAACAUCCAUAAUAACAGCAGCAGAAAGGUCGAGCAUUAAGAGAUUAGUUGGUUUGUCUGGUGUUAUUGCUCAGAAAGAUCCCAUAGAUCCCGGGUGGAUGGAAUGGCUAUUAAGAAAACUGGUACGAUCCCGUCUGAAUGACUUGAUGGCGAUGGAGAACAUAGUAAUGAACUCGAAUCUUUGCUACACUUUGGUGAGGCUUCCAUUUUUGACUCAAGGACCUUUAACUGAUGAUUAUCUGGUGACUAAUGGGCAGUCUGUGCCAAGGGGAGCCUUUUCAGUGUCGCGAGCUGAUGUGGCUCACUUCAUGUUGAAAUCGUUACAGACCAAUCAGUGGGACAACAAGGCUGUCAGGAUUGCUACUAAAAAAUAAGCAGUUAUAACAUUGGUUUUGGCACUAAGUUUAGUUUUAUGUUGUUAAAAUAGUGGUUAGUGAAAGAUGUCUCAGUUUAAUAUUAAUCGCGAUGAAUGCAUGCGACUCCAUAAAUGACAUAUCCUAAAUGCAAUAAUAAACGUACUUUAGGCAAUACUUUUAGAAGCUUAUACAUCUGCAUUUUAAGAAUAGCUAGGCAAAUAUUAAUUUCGCAAGCAAGAUGGAAUGGACUUUAUAUUAGUUAUGCAUCUAAUAUACAUGAAAAAAUUGACCGAGAGCAGUGCAGUUCAAGUGUAACACCAGUGCAAAUUACACAUCGUAAUUCUAGAUUAUGAUGGGCUGAAAGACAAUACGAAAUUUUUUUAAGCCAAUGACAUCACGUAAAAUUAUGACGAAAAUUUGUGCGGAAACUUUGAAAAACGUUUUCUCAAAUGAGAAAACGUGGCUUCAAGAAAGAUCUUCCGGCACUUCCUC